ACACCUGACUAGUGACUACCUAGUACCUCCUCAAAAGUCAAGUGAUCUGCGUUCUUCGUCGGCUAACUGCCUAAACCCGCUCCAGCCAAAAUGUGGAUAUUAUCCAGAACCGGAGGCCAGACGACGCAGAGGCCACGAUCCGCCUUUUCUCCAGCCGCUGUCCGUUAAACGUGAACCUCAAACGGUUCCAAAAAAGCUCCAUCUAUUCAUGAAGUGAUAUUUAAUUAGUUUGGAUAAUAAGCUGUUAAUUCCAUUAUGGCAUAUCAAGAAAUUUUAAGUGAUAGUGAUAAUUAUAGUGAUGAGGAGCCUCUUUUAGCAGGUGAAGAAGAAGAUAAGAUUUUAGGACAGUUUGCAUCUCAACACAAUAGAUUCCAAACUUUAAAUGAAUCAAUUGCAAAUGAUUCAUUGGGGUAUGGCAGCUGGGAAUGCUCUGAAAGUGAAUCAAACGUGAUUCAAGGAACGUGUUCCGAUGGGACAACCAAUAAAAAUAGAUUUUUGUCAGGAGGUAUUUUCCCAAAACCGAUGGAUUUUGAUAAAUCCAAUCAAUUUAAUGAUAGUAACAGAUUUGACAGUUUUGAGGGAUCAACAUUUUGCCUUCCCAAGCCAAACUCAAAGGAAGAAGAAAUAUUGUUGACAAAAUCAGCUUAUGGAAAAAUUUGGGGAACUACUCAUGACAGUUCAUACAGAAGGAUCAAAGACAAUAAUAUUCAUUCGAGACAAACAAGAGAAGAGACUAAUAGACAAGAAAUACACAAUUUACGAGAAACAAAAAUGUUUUUGCUUGAACAGAGGUGUAAACUCGAUUAUAAAUUAAACAGAGUUAAAGUUUUCAGUAAUGAAGAUGAAAGGAAAUUACUUGAAAUUAAUGAAGCACUCGAAGCUGUUGAUUAUACCAUAGAAUUUAAAAAUAACGCACUUACUGGGAAAAAAGGUUUUCUUAACGAUGGCUUAGAGCAAGGAAAAGAAGUAAACAUCUUGGAAAAUGUAAUGAGCCUUUCAGAACCAGAGUUGAGAUAUUUGGUUUAUAAAUAUUUCAAUAAGGUUGUCGAUCUUAAAGAAACUGGUCGUAAUGCCGAACAUCUCUUCGCAGAACAUGAG